AGUGGGUAGGCGAUCGUCUUGGCCAAGCGCCUUCUUUUUUUCUUCCUCCCGAAUUUGGCGAGAUGGAGGAGGAGAUGGCGAAUCGUCGAAUUUCGAGUCGAACCCGUAGGGUUGCUUCGAAGAUGGCGGCGGCUCUUGCUAGCGCCGACAAUCGAACUCAGGCAGCUUUAGCUCGGCUAGAGGCGUUAGAGAACGAUAAUGCUGGAAUUGAAGUUGCCGACACCAACGAUGACGACGAAGCUUCUCUUGACGAAGAAGAUGAUCUAGGAUACGUACAGAGGAAGCAGCCCAAUGGAACCAAGCGUAAAACUCGGCAGGCCAAAGCCCUAGAGGCUCGCAAGGCCCCAAAAUCAUUCCUUGAACUCUUGAACGAGGCCAAUUUGGAAUCUUUGCCUCCGCAUGUGCCUUCCUACUUGAGAGCUGCCGUAGGACCUCCAAGUUCUAUGUCUCGCCGCCGUUUCUGCACAGUUUGUGGAUUUAUUGCCAAUUACACCUGCUUGUUGUGUGGAAUUCGGUUUUGCUCCAUCCGUUGCCAAAACAUACACAAAGAUACCCGAUGUCAGAAAUUUGUUGCAUAGGAGAGCAAGUGAGAUAGUUUUGUAUAAGUCAUUUUAUGCUGAUUCUGCGCUGUGUGUCUGAUUCCAAUAAGGUUUAUUCUUUUUCUUUC